AUGGCUGGUCAUUGGACUUGGGAUUUCCUUCGUCUGAUUAUGACCACCGACAACCACAACCAACCACAAUCAGACAUGUUGGAUAUGCAAUUCCCCACCUUGUCUGAUGAUGACCAGUCAAAUGGUGAGAUGUUGGACUUGGGAUUUCCUCCACAGCCGGAUGAUGGGGAUGUGCUCGAUUUGGGGUUUGAUAUUGAUGUCAGUGAUCUGGCUGGCAACACAGGCAUAGACGGGGCUCUGGAAAUGGGCUUCAACACAUAUCUGGCAGAUGAUUCACUGGAUAUAGGGAAUAAUAUUCCAGCAGAAGAAAACCCUUUAGAGAUGGGUUUCAAGAUGGAUCCGGUGCAUGGUGAUCUGGAUCAGUCUUUCGCCAUCAGUCGACCAGAUCCCAUUGGAUUUGUAAUUCAACGGGCUGUAGGUGAUUUGCGUGUAGCAAUGCACUGGUUGGAUAUGGACCGGGCUGGUCAUGCAAUGUCGCCGGACAAAGCCUUUGCCAGAGAGCAAGUUCUUGACUGCACACAAGAGUUAUUGUUGGCAUGUCAACUGAUAUCGAUAUCUCGACUUUCAACAUGA